CGCCGCAUCCUUAUCAACGUUCAUCCAUCAAUUCAACUUGUUGAAAGCCACCAGCAGCCACCGACUGUGUCGUCUGGAUAUAAAGUCCUAACGUUACUAUGAACUUUUUCUCUUUCCCAUAACGCGUCUAUUUCUUCCCUAGCUCACUUCGUCGUCAGGUCAAAUCCGAGUCCCCUUGCGAUGAUUCCUGUCCCAGGCUCCAUCUACGACGUGGCUCCCGCAGAGAACGGAGCUCUUGCAAAGUUCUUCCAUCAGCUACAGGCAUUGCUGCUAGUCAAAAGAAGGACGAGACACCAAGAGGUCGUAGCGGACGAGUUACUUGCAGAUCACGUGGAGAGGCUCAUCGAGAAUGACCAACAUAAUAAGGCUGCGAGAGCUUGGCUGUCUUACGCAUUAUCUCAACCAGAUCUAAAGGCCGUCAGCCUAAACUUGAACAAAGAUUGCAUCAUUUUUGUCAAGUUUUAUUGGCUCCUCUAUAACAGCAAGCCUGACUGGGACUUUACUUCGGCAUUCAAAUAUCUCAAUGGAGAGAGGAAGAAGAGAUCCGAUUAUAUUAUCAUCCUUGAUAAAGCAGAAGACAGACAUUUGGUUUCGGACGCGAAACGCAUUACCACCGAUUCUCCUUACCAGGGUCAAGCUUGGCUCCCGCAAGAGGAGAAACGUCAACAUACGGAUACUGAGACACGGACACUAGGGCCUUGCAUGCCUUCUGCUGCGGCUGGAGGUUUGAGUCAGCCAGUCCCAGGUCGAGCUAGGAAGAAGAAAUUUAUGCAGGUUAACUGUGCGCCAAGGCCUGGUGUUCGUGUUGCAGUAUCAGACGCACUCAGUUUGACCUCAACCCCAAAUCUGUCGGGUUACACUCCCCUGAAGGACGAACAAGUUGUAGCCUCGCGAUGUCAACACGAGGAGCCGCGUAAACACGCGCCCUCGAACCACAAAAAAACUCAGAAGGCACCACAGGCUACAUCUUCCAGGGAGACAAGGGUCGUUACUGCUGGAUCAGAGCCUUCCACGGCCGAUUCUGCGUUAGACACGCAUCAGGAAUUUGCAAGAGCAAAUUGUGACGUUUUAACCUUGGGAACUGUUUCCUCUGGAAAAUCCAAUCAUCGCAACAAACGUGCAAGAGAAGCUGCCCAACAACAGCAGAAAUGUGGAGAGGAAGAUGAAGCCUGUGCACCUGGAAGAUCGCACAUGUCUUCGCCAGUGUCAUUGGCAGUUCAGACCAUGGUGACUCGCACGGAAUGCUCCUCCUCACAACGAGCGCCUACCUCAAAGAUUAGGGCCAGAAAACGUUCUCGCACUGAUGUGGAUGACCGAUCGUUUCAAAUGGACAUCUCAAUCACAUCUCCUUCGAUGGCCGAAAUCAGAGCUUCGAGUGCUAAUCUGAGAGGCACUCCCACUGAUGUAGCAGCUGUACGACCCUAUGGGAUGAGGAUUCCACCUAAACCUUCCGUAGGGCAAAGGAAGCGUCCUAAUCAUGAAAGUGACUCGCCCCAGGUGACGGCUUCUUACACUGCGUCGCAAGACGUGGGUCCUCCUAAGAAGAAGCCAAAGCAUUUUCCCACUAUCAGUUCUUCUCAACUGAUCAAACUCGAGGACCAGGUUGGCCAUUCUACAUUGCGAAACUGGUUAUCCGAUGAUUCCCACGUCGUUGAUCUGAAGGAGUUGUCACAUGAUGCAAUGUACACGGAUGCAGUCAUGCGUCUAUCGGCGGAUUCAGAGCCUUCUAUAGGAUGCAGGCAACCUUUACCGAUGUAUCCACCCAUUUGGGCAAAAUCUCGUCAAGAGGUGUGCGAAACAUGGGACUGGUUCAGAAGCUAUCAAGGAGGGGUUUACUUCAAUCAGAACGAAGCCAAGGGAUAUUUACUAAGUGCUUUCUCAUCGAAACGCGAUGGCUGGUUUCACGACGGAAAAUUGAUCAUUUCCCAUGGUGGAGGAAAAGCGGAAAGCAUCCAUCAUGCCAAAGGUUGUCACGAGACGCUAGCAGCUUCGGACCAGAACGCGGAAGACUUUUCCGUUCGAGCUCUACUGAAAAAUUUCCACAAAGAUAUUCCUGUCGCCCUUCUGAUUGACGACAAAUACGUGCAUUUCCCUUUCAGCCUGGACGCUCGGGAUGUCACAUAUGCUGUGCUCGGGUUUUACAAGAUUACUCACGUUUGGUCGGAAUUACAACCUGCAAAUAAUGAUCGGGGACGUGUUGUUCGGUAUAAAUUCGCAUUUCAGUGGUACGAAUCUCAGGGUCAACCAUGGUGGUUAACGUCGAAAGACCUUCCAGCCAUGGAUGCGGAUGUGCCUACGUCGGUCAAUUCUGUGAAUCUUCCUUCCUCGGCGCCUCGCCGGACCAGGAAAUCGCCAGUCAAAAAGGAGGCAAUUGAAAAGAAGCUGUAUACUCCGAACCAGUUCUUUGGCUCGGUGUACAGGGAAUGCUGUGACUGCGAACUUAUGUCUCCCCAAGUCUAUGAAAUUGGGUGGAUGUGCCUUCAGCCUCAAUGUCGACGUUUCUGGGUGAUAGGUGCAAAUAAUUCCGUUCUGCCUGAGCGGCUGAAGUACAAUCUCGGCUUCUUGAAGCUCAUUCCCAACCUCACUUUACCUGACACUUUGCAUAUUUUCCCACUUCCACCACCUCAGAUCUCCCAAGAUACAAUUACCACAACUGAAUUGUUUGCCAAAGGCUGGCACUGUACGAAAUGUGGCCGCCUGUCUUGCAGGUAUAAGUGGCAAUUCUGGGAGUGUGCUCACUGUAAGAAUUCCCUCCCUGUUCAAGGGGCGAUUCAGCAUGCUCGUGAUUUGCAGUCGAUACCUCUUAGCUUCAAAUCGAAGAACAGCUCAGGAGAUAACCUCAUUCCUUCUGAUUCAUGUGUUAAGAGGACAAAGCAAAAAAUCUUCCGUGAUGGCGAUAGAUGCGGAACUCUUGAAACAUUCGUAUUUCCCGACAACGCAGGUUUUGUUCAUCGCAUCAAAGGCUGUGGUGUUGGCAUGAAUCAGGAAGCAAAUAAAAUCUUCAUCAAAUAUCAAGAACAGGCGAUGGAUGGCAAGCUCUUAUUUAGGCGUUCGCCUCUGCAAGCCCACCAAUGUCGAGGUGAAUUAUUGACUCACUACUUCUCUCAAAACAGUGGAGAGCCUUACCAUUAUGUCGGUGGAACUGAGAACACUGUUACAUGGGAUCAGGCUCCGUCGGCAGUGACCGAAGCCAGGGCGCUGAUGCAGCGUCGCAUUAAAUUGGCUCUUGAUGACACAUGCGAAUCCGAAUUUAAUGAGGUUCUGAGCGCUGCCUACAUGCAAAAGCAGAAAAUGGCGUUCCACAGUGACAGCGAGCGUGGCUUAGGACCCACGGUCGCUGGUCUAUCGUUGGGAUCUCCAGCUCUCAUGCAUUUCCGCAGGCUAAGGCAGAAGUAUCGCAAAGAUGUUCCUGAGAACGAAGAGAAGACAGAUAAAAUUGUCUUUUCGUUAGUGUUGAGACAUGGCGACAUCCUGGUUAUGCAGGGUGCAGAUAUCCAGAAAUAUUACGAACAUACUGUUUUACCAUCUAACUUCCGCAUUGCAGCGACGGCCAGGUAUAUUGCGCCUAAUUCCCUUGUCUAGAGCUUGCGCUUGUGGUAGAUCUGCGUACGCUGGGUGUGUAGAAGUAGGCUGUAUGUUAUGUAAAUUAUCGACUUUUCCCUAUGUCAAUGAUGCCGAGGGUCUGGAAACCUACGUAUUCCAAUGCAUGUAGAUCGUCGAGGACUUCUCAACAUUUUCAGAACGGUGUGGUAAUUAGAGUACAUUAUAGUCAGUAUAUCUCACGUAUAACAAGUGUAAUCAGUCAUCCUCAUCCCAGUUGCCGGCCUGCUGA